AGGCGGGAUUAUCAGUCAUGGCAAGAAAGAUCUUGAAACUUGCCUCCUUCGCAGCGGCCACCACUGGCAUCUACCUAUAUGGCAACAAGUUCCUGGAUCCCAAUGAUUUUGGGGUUGUUCGUGUGGGCCGGGCCAUUGCCACGACAGCGGUUAUCACCUAUGACUACCUGACCUCGCUCCGGAGUGUCCCGUAUGGAUCGGAGGAGUACAACUUCCUCAAGUCCCAAGUGCACCUGCGCUCCGCUGAGCGCCUCCGGGAGCUGUGCUGCGCCAACCGAGGCACCUUCAUCAAGGUGGGACAGCACCUGGGAGCACUCGACUACCUUCUGCCUGAGGAGUACACCCGCACCCUCAGAGUGCUGCACAGCCAGGCCCCACAGAGCUCCCGGCAGGAGAUCCAGCAGGUCAUCCGCGAGGAGCUGGGCAAGGAGAUUGAAGAGCUCUUUGUGAGCUUUGAGGACACUCCCUUGGGAGCAGCAUCGCUAGCCCAGGUCCACAAGGCAGUGCUGCAGGAUGGAAGGACAGUGGCAGUGAAAGUCCAGCACCCAAAGGUCCAAACUCAGAGCUCCAAGGAUAUUCUGCUGAUGGAGGUUCUCCUCUUGGUUGUGAAACAGAUUUUUCCAGAUUUUGAGUUCAUGUGGCUUGUAGAAGAAGCUAAGAAGAAUCUGCCUCUGGAGCUGGAUUUUCUCAAUGAGGGCAGAAAUGCUGAGAAGGUAGCUCAUAUGCUCAAGGACUUUGACUUCCUAAAGGUCCCCAGGAUCUACUGGGAGCUCUCAACAAGGCGUGUACUCCUCAUGGAGUUUAUGGAAGGGGGACAAGUGAACGAUAGGGCCUACAUGAAGAGGAAUGGCAUCAACGUCAACGAGAUCUCUCGCAAUCUGGGGAAGCUCUACAGUGAGAUGAUCUUUGUGAAUGGUUUUGUCCACUGCGACCCGCACCCAGGCAAUGUGCUGGUGAAGAAAUGCCCAGCCUCUGGCAAGGCCCAUAUUAUCCUCCUGGACCAUGGUCUCUACCAGGUGCUGAGCGAGUCAUUCCGCAUGGACUACUGCCGCCUUUGGCAGGCCCUCAUCAAGGCUGACAUGAAGAGAGUGGAGAAGUACAGCCGACGCCUUGGGGCAGGGGAUUUGUAUCCUCUCUUUGCCUGCAUGCUCACUGCCAGGUCCUGGGAGUCUGUCAACAGGGGCAUUGACCGGUUGCCAGUCUCGGCCAGCGAG